GCCCCUCCGCGCCUUCAACUCCCCGGCUCCCUCGGUCGGCGACGCGCCAGGAUCGAAAAAAUCGCGACCUCGCAAGCGUCCCGACGUCUCCGGCCGACCCGUGCAGAUCUUGCAUCCGUCCAAAGUGAUGCGAGGCAGAUCGAAAGCCCGGUGGCAGGAUGUCUUUCGGGUCUGGGAGCGCGAGAUUCCCAAGCCUGAUUUCGCCAUCCAUCAUGCGGCCAAGGCUGUGCGGCUCCUGCCCAAGGUCAACUUUCGGGGGCUUCCAACCGAAGAGGAGGGGAGCCAUCCGGUACUGCAGCACCUGCUCCGCCGGACCCAGGAGCUUCUUCAGUUGGACAAUUGUACGGUGGCAGUCUCGGAGGGGAUCUCCGCCGGCCGCAAUCGCCGCGAAGGGCUCUGUGCGGAAGAUGUGGCCGCGAUGAUUCGGGCGGCUGAAUCCUUGGCUACACGCCUGCCUCAGUUGCAGAAAGACCUGGUCCCGUCUCUGCAAGAGAAGGUGCAAGCCGCGGUGACGAGGCUAAGCGACAAGGAUGUCAUCAGCAUUCUCUUGGCCGGUUCCUGGGAGUCUGUCCCAGAGGUUUGGGCUCAGUUCCUUGGCCGUCUUCGUCCGGAUCUUGCCGACAGCGUCAGCAUGGAGGACCUCCCCUCCCUGGUCCGGCUGCUCACUGGGAUGCCGGACACUGUCGCCGCCGCGCGAGGCGAGCGCUCAAACUCCCAGAGUGCAGAGCUCCUCCUGACCUUGCGGGAGCAGGUUUCGGCGGUAGCUCCCAUGAUGAGCCUCUCUGAUCUCGCCGACUGCUUCUGGUGCCUGGCCGAUGUUAACCUGGUCACAAAGUCGCUGCGGCGCGCAGUGACCGAGAGAGUGGCACAACAGGCGCCGAAGUGGAGGAGGAAAGACUACGAGCCAUCGCUUUGGCAGCUUGUCCAUGCCUAUGCAAAGAUGCAGGUGAAGGACCCGGCCAUGUGGAAAGCUGCAGCCAGAACGGCCCUAAGGGAAGACUUGGCAACUCACACCAAUUGGGCCAUCGCAGUCUUGCAGUGGUCGUAUGCGCAGCUGGAAGACCACGAGGAUGACCUGGGGCAGUUUCGGCUGCGCUUGGGCGCCGAGGCGGCCCGACGCCAGCUGUCUCGCGAAGCCCCUCCUGAGUGGAGCCAGGACCUUGGGGAGGAAUGGCUGGAACGGCGCGUGGAGCGCCGGCCCCACCAAAUCGCGCCACGACCGCUUCGGCUGCUCCAGCGGCUCUCGCGGGAGGAGGAUGCCCGCCGGGCUGGCGAACUGCGCCAACUUGUGGCACGGCCCGGCUGGCGGGAGUUGGAGUCGGAUGUUGAUGAGCUGGACGAUGGCGAGGUGGCUGACAUCGAGGAGUUCCGCCUCUUUGAUCUCACCGGAGGCCUGGAAGAGCCGACUGAAAGCUGA